GGCGCAGGACACCAUCAAUCUGCCUGGCUCGAUCGAUUUUCUGAUUUGUGGCCACCACACUUCCAACGAGGGAGAAAUUUCAACAUCCCGCCUCUCAAUUAGUCUUCAAUUUCGACGGCAUCGUCGUGCCAGGCAGCCCAAGGACCCAUCAUCAUACAUCAAGUCAAUCUCGUGUCGCUCACACAGUUCGUCGGCUUGAGCACUGAUCAAGCCAAGCUAAGGAGUCAAGUCGUCCAGCCCUGUCUCGUUGCCUGACCAACGACGAUCUACCAAAGCCUGCUGCACAUCGCCUCUAGAUUCUGUCGGCGAGCGAUCUACCUGUCAAAGAUACGAGGCGUCAUCUCGGAGAGUUGCGCGACGUUGCCAAGAUGACAGACUUCACCCUUGGACUAGGGUCUUCGCUUGGCGAGGACGAAUUCUAUCGGAGCCAAGCCUCGCCCGACGUCCUCAACACCUCAAGCCCACUGCGAACGAUACCGUCCGACAAGCAGCGCCUUUCCAUGACCUGGUCACAGCUGCUUUUGAGGUAUCCCUCGAACAUAUACCUUGAUGUGCAUCACUUGAUCCAUCAGGCGACCUACGAUGCUGUUCUCUGGGUCUUGUUGGAGCUGGAGGGAAGCGCCGACCGGGCUUCUGUCAUACCAGAUGCCACGGACGGAGAGCGCAGAGAAGAGGACUUCAUGGAGUUGGCAGCUCGACACUGGUGUCUGAGCACGCCUACAUCCCGUAUGCAAUCGAGGUUCAAGCCUGAACUUGAUCAUAUGCUACUCCACAGAUCAAGCGAAAGAGUUGCCGUGCCUCCGUCCCAGCUCUUUGCAACUCUCGAGGGUUGCGUUGCGGUCGAUGUCCGUAGCUUAGCUCAAGAGUUCGGUAACCAUUUUGCAGCUCUGCCACAGAGGCUUUUCGAAGACUUCAUCCGGCUCAAGCACCCCUCGGAACAACCUUGCAAGACUUCAGCGCCACCGAGAGAACGAGGCCGUUCUAGUGCCGGUCGUGAAAGGUCGAGCUCCAUCAUUCACGUGCGCCGGUGGGGUCCAUCUGCACCUGGUGAUUCAGAUGCGGACGAGUACUGUUCCCGAGAUUCCGAGCCCGAGCAAUCAUCGGCCGGUGAAUUUUACGACGGCAGCUCAUCUGUCAGGUCGAUCAACUCUUCUUUGAGACGUUACCGGCGACAUAAUUGCUUGCGCAGGAUUUACGCACAUCCAUCAGACCUCGAGCGAAGUCCGCACAUCAAUGCGUCUGCCCAAGCGUCUCCUACUUGGCCACGCACAUCCCACGCAUCGAUCGGAGGAGGCAGGAUGGUCCCCACGACAGCUACUGCCGGACCUGCCAGCCAGACGCCUUCGUGGUAUCGUUGGGACAACGUAGGCGACACUCUCGUCACUGUGGACCCAAGCCUGACGAGCGUCAGUACCAUGAGUCAAUCACUGGGCCCGGCCGUCCAGCGAACCGACUCGCCGAGACCCUCGCAAAUAACUUCGCGUCCGGAGCGUCUUCAGCACAUGCCGCGAAUGCUAUCCGAGAGACCAAACUGCUUCUCCAGUAACGAAGGAAGCAGCUCCACAUCAACUGUCACCGUUGGGUUGCCUCUUACGCCCGAUCAAAACGCCUUGCCUUGGCCAAGCUUGCUUGGGGACGACGAAUUGGCCCUGAAUGCCGCGGAGAAUUACCGCAAACACCGCACAUCCCCGUGGCCUCCUCUUGCUACCCAAGCAAGUGCGUCCUGCCGGAGCUCGGCGGGAUUGCCACGGUCUUCCCGUCAGCAACUCGGCGACAGACCAAUGUCUGCGCAUUCCGAGUCAAAUCACUCGGACGACGCCAGUGGCGCUGCUUCUGAUGCUUACAGCGCAGUGUCUGAGCCAGCAGUCCAUAGCUCGUCCAUGGAUGGAGCGGUCGUCGCUGACAGGCCCACGUCUAGCGCUUUCUGUACCUCGGCUGUGCAGUCUACACCGGCACGGUUCUCCUUUCUUCCGCCUCGGCCAAGCAGGUCUCUGCGACCUCCUCCUCCCACCCUUGGCCAAGCAUCUGGCUCGACCGAGACGCGGUCCCGCGCAAAGCAUCAGUAUUCGUGGUCCUCUGCCUCGUCACAAGACCGAUGCGAUGAGUCCUUCUCGCUGUACGGUACAGCUCGUCAAGGAGCAGCACCAAAAGGGCCAGCGCUUCGUAGAGCGCCUAGGACGCAAGGCUCGCUGGAGCUCAUACUGGUCCCCAUGUCUCAAGCAAGCUUGCCAACUUCGACCGCCACGAGCUUCGGAGCACAUUACGGGGCGGUGUUUGGCGCUGUUUGGGGCGGUAGUGGCAAUCUGUUCGACGGUCAGCAUACGCCAACUGAUGGGUGUAGGGCUGCUGCGAGAAACGAGUUCGGGAGCCCUAAUCUCGACGUUUACUUGGCCCCUGACUACGGCCUUCCUUCGCCGUCGACACAACAGUCGCCAGCGCUCAUGAGCUCGGAACCACAGUCACCAGAGCUCGGGUACCAACAGACCUGGCAUCAGAAGAGUCAUCAGUCCGAGCGCGACGAGACGAGCGCAAUUGGAUUAGGUCUACAUCUCAAUGAGGCUCUCAAUGUCGAUUCUUAUUCUCAGCGAAGCUCUCAACUCAGGCGUCACACCGUAUCUGAAACCCGACCUUCCAAAUGCGUUGCGGGCGGAAUCACUGGCUCAAGAGAUAUUUCCGAGAGCGAUUGUACUCGCCAUGUUCCUCUUCAAGCAUUCGUGACUUCUUUGGACGCCUUGGCUCCAUUUGGCCACGAAGCGGAGGUAACGCAAGAUUGGAGUGGACGUGUUCCUCCCGAAAGAGUGGACAGACGGCUGCUAGGAACGAUGCGGUCGCCCCAGGAGCAUCAUCGCGAAGCAUCAAGCCAUGUGAGAGAGCGCGCAAGACACGAGGCGGAUGGGACUCUCUCCUUUCAGAGCAGUGGCAAUGGUAUCUCAGAGGCAGCGGCACCCCAAAAUGCUAGCUCCCAGUGCAACGGCACCUUCCUGUCUCAGCUGGGCGGCAAAACAGUCCUCGACUAUUGGCCGGCAGAUGUAAUAGGGUCGCCAACAAGCGACGCUCAGAGUCGAUGCGAGAGCGUUCCACAAUCCUCUACGCCGCCGCGACCCGUAUUGAUUCUCAGCCAACGCAACUCUUCUGCAAGCAGCUUUUUCACAGCCCAGACCCGCUCCUCAGGCGAAGAUCCGCGCUCUCCGUCGCGCGUGCACACCGCGCGAAGUCAUAUGCGCAUCAAGUCAGCGAAUAUCUUCGGAGUCGUCCGCAGUGCCGAAGGCGCAACCGCUGAGACUUUGCGUCGCAAGAUGAACAGCGUACCUGCUGAGGACGAACAGCAGUCUUCGACGCUGAUGCCCGCGCUGGCCCCGUCUGACAAGCGGCCUUCCCUCGUGAGACCAAAGCAGUACGGACGACCCGCGAGCGGCUCUGGCCAGAACAUGAUGCUUUCAGUCUUGGAUCACGCCAAACGUAUGACCAACAGCGCAACCACAAGCGCAUCGCGCACCACGCAAGCCAGCACUGGCUUUUUUCAAAAUUUGCACAAAAGACUUGGCAGCAAUGCGGAACGCGCACAGACUGCUGCUACGGCUUUGAACUCGUCGGAAAGCAGUGCCGAUCCAUGGCGAUCUCUAGCAACGACUGCUACCACGCCAAACCUUUCCGACUAUGGCUGGGACUCUGCCCAAGCUACACCUUGCAGAGAGCCAGCUUCGGUGUUGGAGCCCGCUUUGCCCAGCCCUACCCCCGCACAGGUAGCCAUUGCCUCGUUGCUUGCCAAAGCACGCACCUCGAGCACUUCUCCGCAUGUUUGACCUCUCUCUCCAGUAUCCGCGGCCACACCUUUUCCUCCUCAUCCACGACUUGCCGCGCUGCCUCCUCACAUCAUCUUCCCAUACCUCACUUUUCGUGCCUUGUCUCACCACAGUCCUAGUAUCCCUAGUGCGUAUUAGGCAUUCCCACAUGAUC